AUGCACCACCUCUUCGUCUCGGGGCUUCUCGCUGCCGCCAUCCUCGCUGCCAACGCUGCGUCCACGCCAACGUCGUCGAUGUGUCCUUCGAUCACGCGCGGAUACGACUACCCUGGCAACGACCUUGACGAUGUCUCGGUCUCGGGGUCCGACCAGGCCAAGGCGGAUGCGUGCUGCAAGGCCUGCACCAACGAGAUCAGCUGCGCUGGCUGGGUCAUCAACGGCAACACGUGUUACCUCAAGAACAAGUUGGUGGGUGCCAAGGCUCUCUCAAACGCGCUCUCGGGCAAGUACGAGGCGCCAACGCUGACGUCGGGCACCUGCGGCAAUCUCGUCCAGGACGUUGACUACAGCGGCAACGACAUCAAGGACUUUGACGUGACCGGCAGCCCGCAACAGGUGACCAACAAGUGCUGUGACGCUUGCUCGUCGACGGCCAAGUGCGUCGGCUUUGUUACGCACAGCAACCACUGCUGGUUGAAGAAAGCGAUCGGCAAAGCGAGCACCAGGAUCGGCGCUAUCGCCGGCGUAUACUCGGGGCCACUGCCGACGUCGGCAGUGUGUCCUUCGAUCCAGCGUGGGUACGACUACCCUGGCAACGAUCUCGACGACCUCUCGGUCUCGGGGUCCGACCAGGCCAAGGCGGAUGCGUGCUGCAAGGCCUGCACCAACGAGAUCAGCUGCGCUGGCUGGGUCAUCAGCGGCAACACGUGUUACCUCAAGAGCAAGUUGGUGGGUGCCAAGGCUCUCUCAAACGCGCUCUCGAGCAAGUACGAGGCGCCAACGCUGACGUCGGACACCUGCGGCAAUCUCGUCCAGGACGUUGACUACAGCGGCAACGACAUCAAGGACUUUGACGUGACCGGCAAUCCGCAACAAGUGACCAACAAGUGCUGCGACGCGUGUUCCAAGACCGACAAGUGCGUCGGCUUCGUCACCCACAACGGGCAUUGGGGCGAUUGCCGGUACGUACACGGUGCCAGUGCCGACAAUGGCCCCCGCGACGCCACGUCCAACACAGACCACUGCACGGCCCCGACCGAGACUGAUGCUCCGAUCGUCAUCGAGACUGAUGCACCGCUCCCGAUCGAAACCGAUGCUCCCAUCGUCAUCAAAACUGAUGCACCGAUUGUCGUUGAGACCACCGCACCGAUCUUCAUCGAGACCGAUGCACCGCUCCCGACCGAGACUGAUGCACCGAUCUUCCUUGAGACUGAUGCAGCGCUUCCGACGUCCGACACUUGCUCGUCGAUUGUGCGCGGGGUCGAUUACCCAGGCAACGACCUCAAGAUCCUCCAAGUGACGGGAUCGGACCAGGUGCAGACGUUUGCGUGUUGCGACGCGUGCGCCAACACACCCAGCUGCCUUGGCUUUGUGCUCGUCGACAGCCAGUGCUCGCUGAAAUGGGUCUUGCGCGGCAAGACAGAGCUCCACGGCGCACUCUCUGGCCAAUACAUCGUGUCCACGCGAGGGCGUCCCGCGUGCCUCGCCUAA